AGUCAAGAGUGGCAAGUGUUUUCAGUAAUUGCAUUGCCGUGAAGUUUAUGCCUGUCAUGACUGCAGGGAUGCGUGUGCCACUGUGGCUUCUUCUCAGCACACUUGUGCUGCACUCUGUGUCAGCUGGAGGUGUGUAUUGUGCUGAAACAGCCAGAGCCCGUGCAGCUGCUCUAGGUUUGGAUUAUCCCGGAGUCCAUGGAGCCCCUGAUCUCAAUGGACCAGUUCACUAUGGGAGACCUCACCCUUACUAUAACAAUGAUCUUGAAUUGGAUGAACCUGACAUGGCCUCCUACAGACACGGAGAGAGAUCCCUACAUGACAGCAUACACAAACAAGCUCACCCCAGGAGCUGGCACGGCACUUACAGUCCAGUUCAAAGUGAAUACACCACCGAUCAAGUGUUUAGCCCUCCCAGAGGACGCUCAGUUAUUAACCGCAAGUCCAAUUUUGAGGAGGUCAAGCAUGUUGCCCCUCCAACUCUCGCUGAAGCCCGGGGCCAGCCUGACCUUGUGAAUUGGGAUCCUCAAGGUCGCAACAAGCCGCACUCAUUUGUCUACAAUGAGCAUGACCUUGUUGUUGAUGAGUCUGUCCCAAAUAGACAUGGCAUGUCUCUGAGUGGGCUCCCCCUGCCCCGAAGCCGGGGUCAUCAUAGGGGUCCAACUGGAUACAGCUUGGGAAGAGACGUUGCUGUCGUAGGUUCAUCUGGCAUCACCGACAGAGACCACGUCACAGCGAUGACUGGAAGUGCUGCUGGUAGACGGAGAAGGAUUCGGUUCCCCGGCCGUCUUGCUCAGCCGCUGCACAGACGCCUCAAUGUCAAACCACUUUUUCAAGGUAACCAUGCUCUAAAACAUCUAAGAAGUUAAAUCAGGUCCAGUUAGAAUAUGUCACUGAGCUAAAGGGUCUGACACAUACUCUGGCUGUCUUGUCAAAUACCGUGUGGACUUCUUAAAGUUUACAGGCAAGCAUUUUGUAAAGGGAUUUCAGAAUCGUGUCUGUUUUUCUCUAAACCUUACUGCAAGAAACAAUGUCCAACUUAUCUGUGUACAAGCUCCUGCAUUGUUGCUUCCUCACCUGUAGUUCUAAAACAACUUGCAACUUAAAUUCUCUCCUGAAUAUAAAAUACUAAUGGUUAUAUU